AUGAUCAAGGAACAGAGUGAAAUGAUUGAAAGCCUGCAGGGACAAUUGAGGGCAAUUCAGACCCACCUACCUAGUACAGAACCCACGCAAACCAAUCAACAACCGAUGUACGCAGGCGGACCUGCUGCCGUUGCAACACCAAUCAGACAUACCGACAUACUGCACCGCACGAUCGAUAUGUCUCGCGUUAGAGACGAGGACAAGGCCAAACUCAAAAUUGCCGAGGUCAGACAGCUCUUAGAGAAAGAUAUGCGAUCCAAGGAAGAGAAAAUGAACUGGCGUUGCGCAGUAAUGGUUAAGCAUGCUAAAAAUGCGGAUCAGGUGAAGGUAAUCUCCAGGGAUAAAAUAGAGGUCCAACUGGUUACAGAGGCUGCACAAAAGAUAGCCAUACUAGGCAUAAGAGCGUUGAGGGAUCAGAUAUACUCAGUAAAAGUAGACAAUGCGAACCGCACGGCGGUUCUGGAGACAGAUGGGAAACAUCCUGCUGGAAGCUACCGAAGGCCUGGUGUUACGGGCUAG